AUGGAUGGCCCCCCACCGCCCCCCCCGCCCCACGGCGAGAAACCCAACACCACCCACGGCGAGUACCGCAAAGCCUCCGAUCUGCCCAAGGGGAAUUACGACAUCUUCAUCAUCCCCCCUCACUCAUCGGGCUCCGGCUUCCUCUACCUCCCUUCCCUACAAUGUCAGCGGAAUAGUUUCAUCGCCGGCUCCCUCUCCACCCUGUUUGUCGUCCUCCUGUGGGUCAACCUGGCCCCCCUCCUCCGAACUUGGUAUACGGCCACGGUGACCAGCGGCGGGGGGAUCGGAUUCGCGCUCAUCCUGGCGAUGUGCGUGGGGAUCGCCGGCUGGGCGUUUGGUGCGUCCCAGACCGCCAGUCCGCGCAGCAGCCGGUUUGGCUUUGGCCCGGGAUCCGGGGGUGCAGGCGCGGGCGCAGGUCCCGCGCCGAACCCCUCGGGGGCCAGCUCGGGGGCGAACGAUGGAGGUAGCCACGGGGGACCGCACGGAAACUAUGGGAGCAAUCAUGGGAACUUUGGUGGUCCCCCGCCCGGGAAUCAGUAUGCAGGGAACCAACACAGUGCCGGGGCCCCUCCCCCGCAACCGCCCCCGCCCAAUUUCGAUUCCAAGCCAAACAGCAGCGGUCCGCCCCCGGACAAGGAAUCCAGACCCCAAAGCGGGGACGACUGGGAACGGGCACGGGAGGAGACCCGACGGAAGGAGGAGCUCCGUCGCAAGAUGGAGGAGUUCAAGCGGAAGCGCGAGGCCGAGGCCCGCGAGAAACAGAAGCAGCGCGAGCGCGAGGCCAUGGAACGGGAGAUGCGGGAGCGCCGCGAGCAGUUCGAGAAAGAGAUGGCGGCCGCCAAAGAGGCCGCCACCCGCGAGGCUCAGCGCGAGGCGGCCGAAGCCCGCGCGCGCAUCGAACGAGAGGCCGCUGAGGCCCGGGCUAAGGCCCAACGGGAGGCCGCCGAAGCGCGGGCCAAAGCCGAGAGAGACGCCGCCGAGGCGAGGGCCAAAGCGGAGCGCGAAGUCGCCGAGACCCGGAAACGUGACGAGCGCGCCGCGGCGGAGCUCAAGGCCAAGCGGGAGCAAGAAGCGGCCGAGGCGAAGGCGCGAGCCGAGAAACAGGCGGCGGAAAAGGAGGCCGCCGCCAAAGCGGCCGCCAAGAAGGAAGCCGAUGCCAAAUUUGCUGCCCUCAAAGAGGCCGCCGCAAAGAAAUACGCCGAGAAGAAGGCCCGGGACGCGCAGGAAGCUGCCGCCAAAGAGGCCGCCGCCAAACCCCCCAGCCAGGCAUCCACGCCCACCCCGACGCCUCGAACGCCAUCCCCAAAGAAGUCGGCCCCCACCACCGCUCGCCCCGACGAUGCGAGUUCCUUUCGACCCUACGAUCGCCCCCGACGGCCCUACGGGGGCACCUCGGCAUCCUCCGCUUACUCCGAAUCAUCCUACGCUGCCUCCCAGUCCACCGCACGCACGUCCCCGGCGCCCUCGGUGCGGCGCGCCUACGAGACCAAGGACCCGGACAAGAUCGUCAUCAAAGGGGUCUAUGUCUUCAAUAACGCAUUUCUACGCACCCCCGUGGCGCAGCUGGUGUCCGGGGAAGGCAUGGUGACGGACGGCCUAGUCCUCCGGAUUACCACGGAGGGGCUCUUCAUCGACGACGACAUUCGGGGGGUACCGCAGCGCGAAUGGGACGUCAAGGCCUGGACGAUGAAGCUCGUCGAGGUAUGGUGUCCGCAGUUUGCGAAGACGAAACCGGCAGGGCCCAAGCCCAGCAACUCGUUCUUCCGCCGCGCCCCCGGCGAGCCGACGGCCGAGGAGUCGGACGCCUUCCUGGUCAGCCUGCUCAAGGUCUGCAAGAACACGUGCCGCCUCGCGUCGCCCGGCUGCUUCAGCCGGACCAGCGGGCUCAGCGCCGCGGAGCUGGCGAGUCUGCACGUGCUGCGGGCGACGAUCCGCGACCAGGAAGGCCGACGGUACCUGUUCGUGCUGCAGGAGACCGAAGGCUGGAAGGUGGGCAUUGGCCUGCAGCGACUGCGCAAGAGCUCGCAGGUGCGCGCCCUCGGGGUGACGGGCAUGCCAGCCAGCGACAGUCGCACGGCCCUGGGGCAACUGGGAUACGCUUAG